AUGAAAGUAAAAAAGAUUGCAAUGAUUGGCUCUGGGGUCAGCAGAUUAGGUGCCAUCAAGUGCUGCCUGGAGGAGGGGCUUGAGCCUGUGUGCUUUGAAAAAAGCAAUGACAUUGGAGGACUGUGGAGGUACAAGGAGACACCUGAAAAUGGACAGCCUGGGAUCUACAAGUCUUUGACCAGCAACACUUCCAAGGAGAUGACAGCCUUCAGUGACUACCCUUUCCCUGAUCAUUACCCCAACUAUGUGCACAACUCCAGAAUGAUGGACUACCUCAGUAUGUAUGCCAGUCACUUUGGUCUGAUGAAACACAUCCAAUUCUUGUCUAAGGUGUGCACUGUGAGAAAGCAUCCUGAUUUUCCAUCCUCUGGCCAGUGGGAUGUUGUGGUAGAAAAUGAUGGAAAGCAGAAAACCUAUAUCUUUGAUGGGGUCAUGGUCUGCAGUGGCCAUUACACAGAAAAGAGUUUGCCCUCAGAGGACUUUGAAGGGAUCCAGAAGUUCAGAGGCAGAUGUCUCCACAGUUGGGAGUACAAGCACCCAGAUGAUUUUGUGGGUACAAGAGUAGUUGUGAUUGGCCUUGGAAAUUCUGGAGCAGAUGUUGCUGGAGAGAUCAGUCAUGUUGCUGAACAGGAUUGGCACUGGACAGUUUACCUCAGCACAAGACAAGGUGCAUGGAUAUGGAGCCGGAUUUGGGAUUAUGGAAAUCCCAUGGAUGCUAUGUGCUUCACUCGUUAUAAAAGAGCACUUGAAAAAUUCAUUCCCACAUUCCUCCUCAACAGAUGGGCCGAGAAUAAAUUAAAUGCAAGGUUUGACCAUGUAAAUUAUGGUCUACAGCCCAAACACAGAAUUUUUAGCCACCGAACUGUUAUUAGUGAUGAUCUGCCAAAGCACAUAAUUACCGGGAGGGUGCUGAUGAAACCCAACGUGAAGGAGUUCACUGCCACAUCAGCCAUUUUUGAGGACGAUACAGAAGAAGACAUAGAUGCCAUUGUCUUUGCCACCGGCUACUCCUGGACUUUCCCUUUCUUGGAGGACAACUCAGUAAUACUGGACAGCCAGCGUUCCUUGUUUAAAUUUGUCUUCCCACCUCAGCUAGAAAAGCCCACUCUAGCAUUCAUUGGCAUGAUUCAGCCAGCAGGUGCCGUAAUCCCCACAUCGGAGCUCCAAAGGCGAUGGGUGGUUCACGUAUUCAAGGGACUGAAAAUAUUACCUUCGAAGAAUGAUAUGGUGGCAGACAUCAAAAGAAGGUGAAAGGAAAUGGCAGAAAAGUCUGUGCAAGGCCCAAAAGACACACGAAGAGUGCAGUUCAUUGACUACAUGGAUGAAAUUGCUUCUGAGUUGGGUGUCAAACCCAACCUGCUGUCCUUGUUCUUCUGGGAUGCAAAGCUGGCCAAGGAGAUUUUCUAUGGGCCCUGCACUCCAUACCAGUACCGUCUACAGGGGCCUGGGAAAUGGAGCGGGGCCCAGAAUGCCAUCCUUACUCAGAGGGACCGGAUCCUCAAACCCCUGAGGACACGUGUGCUCACACCCUCUGGGUCUCCUUCUUCUAGGCUGUUCUGGGUCAAGUGUACCUGUGCUGUCAUUUUUCUCUCUGUUCCCAUGUUAUUCAUCAUCCAAAUGAUGCAUCAUUAA